AUGGAUACCUUCGAGAAAUGCAACAUGAAUAUCAAAUUAGUCCAAUGUGUUCCCUAUAGUAUUGUCGUUCACGCCAUGGUCAAGGCAGGCAAGCUCGAUGAAGCUUUCCAAAUGGUAGAGUUGAUGCGUUCUCAUAACCUUCCAACCGAUACAGUCCUCCACACAGAUCUCAUCAAAGGCUGUAUUGAUAAGGGAGACGUAGAGAGAGCAUGGAAUCAUUACAUGGCCAUGGGAAUGGUGUAUGGUGUUCCUCAUGAUGAAGUCACUCUCACUGUCAUGAUCGAUGCAUGUGCCAUUAAGGGACAAGCUGAGAAAGCAAUGAUGCUCUUUAGAAGAUUGGAAGAACAAAUGAUGGCUGAGCCAUCGGAGGCAACUUUCAAUUCUAUCAUUAAGGCAUUCUCGAAACGAAAAGGAUCUUCGCCACAAAGCAUUCGAAAUGGCCGAUCGAAUGGAAGUGCAAGGUUACAAGCCUGA